AUGGAUGUUUCACAGCUGCAUGAUUGCUUUCUGGGCUCUUUGCAGGCAGACCCUGAGAUCAGAAAGCAUGCCGAAAUCGAGUUGAAAAAGUUCAGCAGUUCUCCUGGCUUCUUGGGAGCAUGUUUGGAUAUACUCUCCUCUGCCGACGUGCAGCCGAUUGUCAAACAAUCAUGUUCGAUCUAUUUCAAGAAUAUGAUUGUGAAAUUUUGGACUGUGGGCUCCGUCAUAGACAACGAUGAAAGACCGAUCAUCAGAGAGAGAUUGCUUGUCAUCAUGACGAAAUUGGAAAAGCCGUUAAGAAACCAGCUCUUACCGGCCCUCAACCAGAUAAUCAAGUUCGAUUACCCAGAGCAGUGGAGCAAUCUUUUGGAAAACAUUCUACAGUUGAUAAAUAACUCAAACAACGACAUCAACUCACUCUAUAUCGGCAUCUUCUGUUUUGCAGAACUUUGCAGGAACUUCAGAUGGAAGCAUAAUGAUAAGAGACACCAGUCACUCGAUCCCAUCAUUACCAAUUUCUUUCCCAGCUUGCUCAACAUUGGUCAACAAUUAGUGUCAGACGAAAAGUUGAUAAACUCUUAUGAGGCUUCUGAGAUCUUGAAGUUGAUCAUCAAAUGUUACAAGUUCGUCACGUACUUGGAUUUCCCAGAACCAUUGCAGGAAAACCAAGCCUUGGUCGACUGGAUCACUUUCCAUGUACAGAUCAUCAACACCAACUACAGUCCAGAUACCGUCAUUGGAUGGAUUAAAUCACAAAAAUGGGCUUAUCACAAUAUUUAUAGGCUCUUCCAAAGAUACGGUACCAAGUCUUUGAGUUCCAAAUUGCAGUAUGACACUUUCAGAAAUAACUUCAGGGAAAAUGUCUUGCCUCAGUUGAUUACUGUGUACAUCGAAAAUUUGAGAAAGUGGUCUUCCAACGAAAAAUACAUCGCAGAUUCUAGCAUGUACUAUUUGAUCUCCUUGAUCGAACAAUGUUUGCUUAAGAAGGCGACGUUCCAGAUGAUCGAACCACACUUCAACUUUUUGAUUAUCGAAGUUUCCUUCAAGGUUUUCAAUCCUAAAGAAGAAGACCUUGAGCUGUUUGAAGACGAACCUGAGGAGUAUAUACAUAAAAUCUUUGAGAUCAUCGACGAUAACACUGCAGAAGAUGCACUACAUUCAUUCCUUUUCACUUUGGCUGAGAAAAGAGUGGACUUUUUGGUUCCAAUGUUCCAGUACGUUGUUUCCCAAUUCAGCGAGAUGAGUUCCAAACCAGAAACCCUUGAAAUUGCGAAGGCCAAGGAAACGUUGAUGAAGUUCUUAUCUCCCGUUUCUUACAAGUUAUCAGGCCCUUCAAAUCCCGUGGCUACUGAAAUUGAACCAUUUUUGAAUAACUUCAUAAUACCAAACUUCAAUUCUAAUUUCCAGUUCCUAAGGGCCAGAGUUUGUAACUUGGUCUCGAAGUUUGAUACCUUGGAUAUUAAAGACUCCAUCACAACAGAAAAUUUGUUCAAAGGUAUCAUCUCAUGUUUUUCGAAUAACGAAAAUGGACUGCCUGUCCAAAUUGAAGCUGCGCUGGCAAUACAAUCUUUCAUUAACUUGGACGAUUUCAAGAAAUUGCUCGAGAACUUGAUUUUACCCACAAUGGAGAAAUUGAUGGAACUUUCAAAUAACUUCGAUUCAGAUAUUUUACCUGCAGUCAUGCAAGAAUUGGUCGAAUCUUUCCCGGAGAAGUUAGAGCCUUUUGCCGAGCAACUCAUGGAGCAAUUGUGCUUGAAAUUGACCUCUUUGUUGAGAUCGAUUGGUGAGAUGUACAACGCAAGCAUCGAUGAUUACGAUGACGAAUCCGCUGCGAACGACAAGACCUCCACAGCAUUGGGUAUUUUGAACACCAUGAUUACAAUUUUAUUGUAUUUUGAGAACUCGACAGAAAUUAUUGGCAAACUAGAGGUCCAUUACUCAAAGGUCAUCAAACUAAUUUUCAAUGAUAAAAUCGAAGACUUCUACGCUGAGGCGGGCGAAUUGAUUGAAAAUACCCUUUUUCUCACUAGAAGUGUUUCACCUAUAAUGUGGUCUUUAUUUGGGGACUUCAUUUCCUGUCUCAUGGAUGAUGAGGAUAUCACUCUAUAUCUAGAAGAUGCAUUACCUUCUUUGAAGAACUAUCUUAUUUAUGGAGGCCAAAUCAUCAAAGAGAAUGCCGAAAUACAAGAGUCGUUUUUCAAGUUGAUUAUGUGUGUGUUUCAAAUGGAUUUCGAGGAGAGCGACAACUUCGGUACCAACGAUUUGAUUUAUGUUGGAGACUUGAGUACAAAUUUUGUACUAGCUCUUGAUUUCCACACCAGUGCCAAGUACCUCCCUGUUUUGAUCAAUUACUCGUUGAAGUUUAUGUGCGAAGUGUCCGAGAGACUCAAGGCCAAGAGCAAGAAGUAUAUCAUCCAGCUACUAGACGUCAUUGUUGCGUCCUUGGUGGUGGAUCCAAAUACCACGUUGAAGACAUUAAUAGAAAACAAUCAGCUGGAAAACUUCCUGGCCAGCUGGCUCGAGUAUUCCCAGAAAAUGAAGCGUGUUUUCGACCUCAAGUUGUCCAUCCUAGGAUUCAUUUCCUUCCUCAGUAUCGACAUGAACUCGCUCAACUCAAUGAUGCUCACGAACAUGCUAGGUGCAUGCGGUGGGAGCAUUACGAAAAUACUCACCGAGAUACCUAAGGCCAUCAAGGAGUUGGAGAAGAAGCGUGCCGAAUACACAGACAAGAGCUGGGCAAACGAACAGACGUAUACUAUUAAUGCUCUUGGACAAGAAGACGAGAACGUUGGUGGCGACGUCCCAGGUGAGGACGAUGGUGAGCUAGACUACGAACACUUAUUUGCCGACGGAGCGAAGUUCGACUUCAUGGUGGACGACAACGAGCUAGACGAGGAUCCGUACUCGAACACAAACCUGGACAAGGUCAACAUUUUCCAGGAGUUCCAGAACUUUGUGGUCAAGACCCAAUCCAACGAGGCGGACAAGUAUGCUCUUAUUUUCGGAGGGUUGUCUGACUCCGACAAGCAUGCCUUGACCACCAUACUAAGCACUCUAUAG